GACGAGAUGGUACUACGUCUCGGGCAGGGAGAAGAUGUUGAUCUUCACCAACAUCAAAAAUAAGGUAGCGAGGUGGAAAAGACAGUUCGUGUUCGUGCGGGAUACGCGAACUGACAGGAUGAACAACGAGCUCGCCGCCCGUCUGUCAGAGUGGCGCACGCCGAACGCAUAUAUGAACUAUCCUCAGCUGACCAGUGGCGACGUCGACCUGAAGAAUCGGCUACUCGACUAUGUGAAGGCGAGGGGGCUAGUGGAUUUGGAAACCUUGGUUACCCCGGAGCAGAUCGCAGUUCUCAGAUUUGUCGAUGUGGCAAAUCUACACUCUCAAGGAGUCAUGAGCAGCAUCCUUGAGCGUCAACGACAGAGAGCGCAAGGCUCCAGGAAUCGGGGAGCCGGGUCGGGUUCCCAACGCCAGUCUCGUUUUGACGAGCGGCCACCUGCUGCACCAGGGCGCAGCUCGCAACACAGAAGUUCCAGCUCGGCACAGAGGCCACGUGCCGAGCAAAUAGUCGAGUCUGCGCCUUCCAGCUCCAGAAGGCGUUCGAGGGAAGAUGCGGAGGCUGAUGCAGAGGAUGACGUGCCUCUCAUACGGCGUAGGACGGGCACCGGCUCGCAGCCCGCCCCGGCUGCUGCUGCAAGAGCCUCCAACAUGCCUCAAGCGCCAGCUCGGGAGGUUGCUGAGGCCGCACCGAUCUCAACGUCUGUGGGGGGCCCCAGGAUUGCAUACCCGGACGGCUUCAGUUACGUGCGAACUGAAUGCCAUGCUGCUAUGCUGCAGGGUAUGCAGAACUUUGUGCCCCCUGCAGACCGGCUGCGUGCGAAGGGGCACAUUCAACAGCAUGGGGGGCAUGCUGCGCUAAUCAAGCUGAUGGAUGCGUUCAGCUACACUGUCACCCUGUUUGAGUGCGAACAGGGAGCCCGAGCGCAGAACAACAAGCUCCAGAAAAGCUGCAAGCAACUGGCUGCUGAAAAAACCAGCUUGACUGACGAAGUCAGCCGUUUGCAGAGCUCGGAAAUGGCAGACCGAGCAGCGUCAGCUGAAAGCCGAGCUGACGAGCUGGCCCGUAAGGUAGAUGAGCUGAAGGAGGAGCUCGUGAGGGCCCGAGUGGAGAGGGAGAGCGGCAUCCAGGCUGCGAAUGAAGAGGCCGGUCGUGCAGAGGAUCGUGCCAAAAGGGCCGAAGCUGAGAGGGAAAAGACUCUGCACGACCUGAAUGUCAUGGCAGAGAGGGUCUCCCGAGCUGACCUGCACGUCGCCCGAGCUGAGGCGUCCUUGGAUGAGUGCAAGAGGCUCCAUCAGCGGGAUCUCUGCUUCGCCCGUGCGCAAGGCGCUGAAUGGCUGGUUGGAGCAGAGAUGUUCCAGGACGCCGUGGCAGUUGCCUCUGCCAACACCACCACGGACAUUUUCAACGAGGUUCGUGGGAAGGUGCUGCAAGUGCGGGCAGAUUUCCCCAUCGGCGAGCUGGCUUUCUUUGAGGGCGAGGAGAUUAACGAAGAAGGAAAGAGCCUAGCCCAGCCAGCGGACACCCGGGUGAGGUUGAGAUGGGAGCUAAACGAGGAGGGGCUGCCCGUGUGGCCCCCCUCUGUGAUCGAAGAGGGGGAGGACACAGAGGGGUUGCCAAGUUUUGACGCUUGGGUGGCGAACCCCCAUGAUGUGCCCGCUGAGCCUUCUAGCACGCCCCCUCUGCUCAGCCUCAGCUUGCGCCAACCGCGACUCUUGUUCGUUCUCCUACCCUUCCUCCUCCAGAUCGUUCCUCACCAGCCCGGUCUGUUACUGCCCCAAACGACGCAUCUAUUCCCGUCGACCUGACGGAUGACUAGCUUAGGAUUUUUUGUUCUGUUUUUGUAUGUUUGUGUUAAUCAAUGAAUUUAUUUACU